AUGACCAAAAGUGUCUUUACUGCUACCGCUACAGGCGAACAAGGUUGCCCAUUAUCUAUACUGUUACUUCAGCUUGAUUACAAAGUACAAAUCCUCGUCCGCGAUUCCUCUUCCAGCGCGGCCCAAGCUCUACGAGUUCUAGGAGCGGAGGUUCAUACUGGCAAUUUAGAGUCCUUUGAAGCAGUUGCUAAUGCCAUUGCCGGCGCCGGCACUAAUGUGCUGAAAGCUGCCCAGCAGAAAAAGGUGACCCAGGCCAUUUACUCUAAAGUCGCGAGAACGGGAGAUCAUGAGACUUUCCCUGAUUGGAGCAAGGAAGAUCCAUCAGCACAGUAUUGGUUCCAGAAAGACGACAUUGAGAAAACAGUUCGCACUUUGGGUUUCAGUUACUGGAAAAUUCUACGGCCUGCAUUCUUUAUGCAGAACUUUUGCUACCCAAAUUGUGAUCACAUGUUCCCAGGACUUUCAGAAACAAAUACGCUUCGAAUUGCGUUCCUCCAGAGCACACGUCUAGACCUCAUCAGCGCUGGUGAUGUUGCUCGCUUUGCUACCAAAGCUAUCCAAUCGCCCAAUAGAUUUUCUAAAAAGACUCUCACGCUAGCUGCCGAUAAAUUGUCAGCCGCUGAAAUAGCUGAUCAAUUGGGCACGGUGAGUGGUAAAGAGAUCAUCGUUGAAUACCUACCCAAUCAAGUGGCGAGAACCCUUCGGAAGCAAGGCAAUGGUGUUGUGGGGGCACAGAUAUGGCAGCGUGAUGUUGGUUAUUAUGCGGAUAUUGAUGCUUUGAGUGAGUAUGGGGUAUCUUUAACGCCUGUAACAGAAGCUCAAAAUGGCUCUUCACCAUUCCAUGUGUAG